AUGAGCUCGGAGAGGCCAAACUUUCUGUCGCAGCCGGUCGUGAAGAACGUGUUCAUGUACCGAAACGGCGACCCGUACUACGAUGCGCGCCGGAUUGUGAUCAACCACAAGAGGGUGGCCAACUUCGAGACUUUGCUGAGAGAGGUGACCGGCGGGAUACAAGCCCCGUUUGGAGCGGUGAGAAACAUCUACACACCGAGAGGAGGCCACAAGGUGGACUGCUUGGAGAGCCUGCAGAGCGGGGAGCAGUACGUCGCAGCUGGGAGGGAGCGAUUCAAAAGGCUGGAUUACCUACACAUUGGGUCAAGGAGGAAGAAGAUGAUGCAGACUCUUCCAAUGCAUGCCAAACCUCUGCCACCGAAUCGAAUCGUUGUGUCAGCUCGAUUUCUGAAACCCAUCAAGGAGCCGUGCACAAUUUUUGCGGUAGCAAAUGGCGACGUCUUGAAUCCCGCCAUGAGGCUGCUGAUCCACCAGAGGAUGCUCGGCCACUUUGAAAGAAUACUGGAGAUGAUCACGGAGAGGAUGGGUAUGAAAGUCUUCGGGGGGGUGCAAAGUCUCUACACCUAUGAAGGCCACCAGGUGACCGAUGGGGAUCAAAUGGAGAGCGGUCAGCUGUAUGUUGCUGUAGGGAGAGAACGGUUUAAGAAGCUGCCCUACAGUGAUCUUCUCUUCACAAAACCCAGAGGGACAAGGAGAGUCAAUGGAAUGAAAGCUUACUCAUUACCGCCUAUCUUCAGAUUCUCCAAGCAAAAUGGAAAUAGUAAGUCGAUGGUCAGAUGCAGUGAUAGUGGUGAUGGAGAGCCAAAGGCCUCUCCUCCAAGCCACAAUGGCAGCAAGAACCAUCUGUCGUCCAUCGUCAGAGAGAUGUCUCAGGCCAGACUCAUGUCCCUCAGGAAGAAGAGGAGUGGACAAAGCAUGACCCUCGGCAUCUCUGAUAAUGAUGACCUUGAAUCAAAGGCUGAUGAUGAGAAAACUGAGGACAAGACCCCCCAAGACGAGCCAGCCGUGGAGAAUCCGCCCGAUGAUGCUACAAAAGCCUCAGUGGACAAUGUUGGAACGGCAGGAGAUAAGGAGGAGGCUGUUGCUGAAAACACCACAGAAGAAGACCCUUCCACUAAUAAAGAGGAAAUGAAGGGACACCAAGAGAGAAGUGGGAAAGGAGGGGAAGGGAAUGGGAAAAAUGCCAAGCAAAAUGAUGACAAAGGGGGAGAAACGGCAGCACCUGAAAAGAAUGAGGAGGAGGAGGUAGAAAAAGAUGUACAGGAGGUGGUCACAGACGAGAGGAAGGAGGAGGUUAAACGUGAGGAGCGGGGGUCCAGCAGUAGCAACAGUGAUAAGGCCCAGGACCGUGAAGAGAAAGAGGAUGGAGGCCAUACAUCUUCUGAGGGGAAAAUAGAUGAGCGAGACAAAAAAGAAGAAGAAAAGAAGCAAGAUAAAGACAGUGAGAAUGGUGAGAGAAGCAGUGAGGACCAGGUUAAUGAUGAAGACAUGGGGGAAGAACAGCAAGAGGCAGAAAACAGCUGUGACCCGGAGAAGAUUCAUUCAGAUAACGAGACAAAAGAGAGCGAUAAGGGCAGAAAUAGCAGUCGUGGCAGUAACCGGGAAGAAGAUGGGAGCAAAACAAAAGGGGGAGCUACCAAGGAGGCAGGAGAAGAGAAGAGAGAGGUGAAUGGAGAGGUCAGUGGAGAAGAUGAUGAAGUGGAAAGGGGAAUGCAGCCGGACACUGUCGAGAAUUCAUCCAAAGAUGCCACAGCAAAUGGAGAGAACGAGGUAGAUAAUGAAGAAGAGAAUCGAGAUAAAAACAGGGAAGAAGGAUUAGGAAGAAGUUCCAUGAGCGGUGCUGGAAAUAGUAAGCAAUAAUGUAUGAUACAAUCUUCAAAUAACGAAGGCGACAGAGUAAAAGCAACUAGGCGGCCAUGUAGAGUGAGCACUAAGAAGGAGAGUCCCAAAUAGUCAAGCACGCAAUAGCAGCUACAAAAGGUACAAAAACACCAUUAACAUUUCAGGUUUGAAUUCAAAAGCCUUUCAUUAAAAUAUUAUUCAUAACUAUCACACCUGAAACAGGCAAGAAUAAUUAAAGCUUAUUUUUCAUUAAGUCAUUAUGUUACCUCCUGGGCUGCUUUAUCCUUUCAUUUUACGCUGUCUAUGGUAGUGAGUGCUGCUGGGACGUUGAAAUAUAAUUACAGUCAAACAAUGUUUCAUAAAUACAUGUUUAUUUUUAUCAGGUAUGAUUACACUAGUUUGUUCUUUGUAAGAUGCUUUUUCUAUGUAUGGCAUAUUUUUGUCUAUUCCCCCAAAACAAGUGAUACAAAUUAACUUUUUUAAGUACAAUAUGCUAUGUGUAAUAUUGUAAGCAUACUGUAUGCGUCUGAUUGUUAUUUCAAAUCAUAAUCCUUUUUUUAGCUUGUCAUUAUGUCUUAUGAUAUCUGACUAUUUGUAUCCCCAACCAAAAAUAUAAAAGAGAAAAGUGAGGAUGAUUUAAUACUACAGACUUUCUCACUUCAUGUUAACCAUAUGUAAUCAAAUCUGUCAACAAAUAAUAAAAAUACUAAUUAGAGUGUGAUAACCCUAGCUUCUUUUGUGGCCGUGUAUAUGAUCAUUGUUGAGUUUACUAAAGACAAUGUUUGUCAAAUUGGACAACCUAAAGUAUAUGAAAUGUUUAAAUAUGAAGAUUCAUGUUAUCUAGAGCCACUACUGCUGCAUUUGUUUUAUUUGUAUGCUUUAUUGGUACACUCGUUUCAUGAUUAAUUAUUAUUUGUUCGACUAUAAUCCAUCACAAACCAACACAGUGAUGGUGUUUGUGUUGCUCGGAGAGGAAAGUACAGCACAAGGUAGAAGUAGAUGAAGUUAAAUGACAUCAUCUCAGCAUGAGAACCACAAUGUUUCUAUAAUUAUGUUUUGUCAGUCAGAAGAUAAUAUAUAUCGCCAGUAAUUAAUGUCAGACAAUCUCUUUUCAUGCAAACCAGUGAUCUGUGUGCAUGAUGAUAACAUGUGAGUGUCUUCUUAAUGCACCAAUAAAUAUGAUGACAACGUGCAUCAACCAUAACUUAUUUAGGCCUUUAAUCUAAUUCAAGAAACCAAGAUGCUAAACUCAGCGAGGGACAAGUCUCGAGUCUUGAACAGCUUUGAUUAGGAAGAUGGAUGCGACAGCAUUCAGAAUGCGAUGUGGCUGACAUCUGGUUCGUUUGAACAUUUUCUUUGCCGCUCUGUUCUACCGUGAAAGACGGUCGCGUAGAGGCCCCGAUGAACCACCUCCCAGCGGCAGGAAGCUGUCGCGUGAACUGUGAUCUAAUUCAGUGUCUGUGAUGGCCUCGCCAACCUCUCAUCCCUGCAGCUGUUCAAAUUGGGAUUCUCUCAAUGUGUUUGUGAGUCACCAUCCCACUGGGAGGGGGCGGGGGGCAUGGAUGAGAGAGAGAGAGAGAGAGAGAGCAAAGAGCAAGAGGAGGCGGGGGAGGGGCGUGUAGGUG